AUGAAAAUUUCGCCUUUUUUGACAAUUUUAUCGGUCUCCGCCGAGGCUGGGCCCCUUGAUUUUUGGACAGAGAGCGAUAUUUACGCCUACCGAGUUCAAAAGUCGAUUCAGAAGAAGGGUAUUGCCAACCGUUUCAUCAAGAAAUAUGAUCAAGUUAGAGACGCGAUGAGAUGGUUCCAGGACGAGGGUGUUUGCGACUCCGUUGUGUCUAGCCCAAGCUAUGAACCGGUCGGUUUCGAUGCUGUUUUUGACGCUCGGGCGAGUCCUGGCGCUAACAUCGGAAGUCUUGCGGAUCUUCUUGAUCGCUGGACUCAGUCUUAUGCUUGCAUCGAAGAUCCAGCAAUAUUUGAGACGAUCCAGGACGCUCUUGUCGCUAUGAAAAGAGUCGCAAAGUUGAAGAUCAACAGCGAUAAGGAUGUUUCCUUCCACAUCUCUGACUAUCAGAUGUCAUACGAUCAAGCGCUUCUCUACUGCUUCAGCCAAGGCAUGUGGCUUGCCGAUCCUGAAGACUACGAGCAGCAAAGAGGCAUUGUAAGAAGCAUGACGGUCGGAAACUACGUCUGGUUCGACUCUUGGCAAGCGGCUGAAGGGGAGUGCUGGGUGCAAGAAUACUUUGGCGGCGCCGGCCCGGGUGGAAAAGUCAAAUAUGGAGUGUCCGACGGGCCAAAAGACUGCAACAGCAAGUACUACGCUGCUUGCCAGAGCGGUCAAACUUACGAAAAAUCAUGCACCGCCUGGCCAAUCGCCAAAAUAAGAGUCAACGAGCAAGCAGAAGCUCAAGAAUACUGCGAAUCCGCUGGUGGAAACCUUCCAUUUUUCAACGAUAAAAAGGAGCUUGAGGAAUGGCAAAAUCGACCAGACCCCCAGCGGGAAUGGCUUGGAAUCGUCAGAAGCGACGAGUUUAAAAGCGGAUGGGCCAAGGUCACGGGUGAAGAAGCCACUGUUUUUGCAUGGGAUGGAGGCGAGCCCAAUGAUGUUGGUGGCGAUGAAGACUGCGUUUUCACUCGAAUUGAUGAUCCUCUCGUUUGGAACGAUGUUCCCUGCACAUCGCCGGGUACGGAGAUCUUCCGCUGUCGAAUCGACUCUACUGUCUACGUCUGGGAAGAUUGUCCUGUUCCUGAGGUGCCUGAGCCACCAACUUGCGUUGAUCCAUGCGAAGGGAAAGAAAUGUGCACUACUUUUGUAGAUAGCUGUGAAAUCUAUCCAGAAAAGGACAAUGUCGUCGGGACAAUCUCGCCAACAUCGAAGUACUACAAAAUCUCAUUUGACUUCAAGUGCACGGACCAGGUUGAUCCAGAACUGACUGUACCAUCAGCGAACGUACUUCGAUUGGAUACCCUGGAACCGGGCGCUGCGUACAUACCCAGACAACCUCUCUACUUAGAAGUCGGAACUUAUCGAGAUGACCCGCUUUCAUACUGGGUUUACGGCAACGCUGUCUCACAAGAAUACUCAUCCGAUCUGAUUGAUGUUUUGGUCAGUAAAAAUACGCCGUGUACAACAGAAUGGGACUCUUUCACUCUCGAACGAAGUACAGUCGAUGGCGUGAAUUCAAGAUCUACAAUGACAAGACACUCUGAUGGCGCUCUUCUUUUCGAUUACACCCAACCAACAGCCGACGUUCAAGAAAUGCCACCAGUUCUCUACGCUCGCGUUAGUUCAAACAUUUACGAACCUUCACGACUCUACCCAGUCAGAAACUACUACUAUGAAGAAUUACCUGAACCAGUGACCGGUGCUUUUGCAAUUUUACAUCUUCGGGGAUACGAGAAAUAUCCAGAUGCUGAAUAUAAUAAGAUUGCAAAGCUUUUGGGCGAUGAGUUUGUUGACGUUCCACUUACCUUACCAAUGAGAACAAGAACCUGGGGCCAAUCGAUGACAAUCAACGACAAUACCGAAGCUUUAAUUUGUUCCCUGGGAACUUGUCAAAUCUUUGACGAGGAGUCUCUUGCUACUACUCCUUCUUACCAAUUUGGCCAUUACUAUGGCUGCAUGGCCGAAUAUCAAGGCAAUCCAACACUUGUUGGUGGUUUCAUCAACGGCGGAGAACCCGAGUCAUUUAUUGACGGAAAUUGGGCAGCUCUUCCACGCCCUUCCGAUCCAUCGGUCGAAAAGGUGUAUUCAAGCGCUUGUUUUGGCCUCGAUGAUGGUUCAUUUUUGAAGGUCGGUGGCAAACCUUCGGGUGCAGACUUUGUGAAAUCUGUCUGGUUGCUUAGAGAAGGAACAUGGUCACAAUUGGCCGACUUGCCAGAGGAAUUUGAUUCUUAUUACAAUAUGCGAAUCGGAAGCUUGUACUUCAUGGCUGGUAACGGAUACACUGGCGGUAAGAUCCGUCGAAUGGAAAUCGAAGACAACACCAUCGUUUCAACUGAAUCAAUCUAUGAUUCAUACGGAAUGCUUAUCCCUAACUAA